GGAGGGAGAGAGAGAGAGAGAGAGAGAGAGAGAGAGAGAGAGAGAGAGAGAGAGGUAGAGUACGAGACUAGAGCAGAAAUCAUAGGAAAAGAAGAAAACUGAAGCUGCGCGCGAGCAAGAACGGCGAAGAGAACGGCGAAUUCGUUGCCUACGUGGAACGGUCUGCUGGCAGAGGGAGCAGCCACGCUCCGCGAAGUUGCCUAGAUACCAGGCAACACCGUGUUGCGCUCCGGUGAAGUAGGAGGCAGCGAAGGAGGCGGAGGUGGUGGUGCUGUUCCGCGGGAGGAUGGAACGUGUGGUGGACUGUAGUGAGACGAGGAAGACGAUCGCCGGCCAGGCCGCGAACGCAGGAUCCCCCGUGAGAAUGCUCGAAACGUUGGGAAGCACCGUCGCGCGAACGUAGCGCGUUCUCUCUGCAAACAAUAAUACGCCGCCACAUUUCAGCGAUCGAGACCUCGCGAAAUACGCACAACCGAGGCGCGCGGAAGAACGCUUGGUUAUGACGGCGAAGUCGGGGGGUGCGUUAGCGAGGGCAUCGAGUAUCGAUUAGCGGACGAUUCGUGCGGAAUUGAACUCGACUCGUGACACCCUGCACGAUGAUGAUAAUCAGUGACGCAGCGGGUGACAAAGCGCUUCCGGGCGAUACUCGCGGCGGUGACCGCUGCGUGUAGAAGUGAACACGCAAAAUUGUGCAGUGCAUCACGGUCACGACGGGGCACGUCGGGACCGGAUAGAUGAACAUCGGCAAGUCGGUGUCGCGCCUCGACCUGGGCCUGCAAAAUUCAUCUGCCAUGGCGCACCAGGCAAGAGGUCUAUCGCAGUUGCGAAUAAAGUUUUAUAAUACGAUCGUCGCCGGUCUCCAAAUAGUCCUCUUGCUCACCGUCCUACCUCAAGAAAGCCUUUGCGGGCGCCACGAGAAACGCUUACUGAAUCACCUGCUGGCAAAUUACAACACCUUGGAGCGACCGGUCGCGAAUGAGAGCGAACCACUGGAGGUGAGGUUUGGUAUCACUCUGCAGCAAAUCAUCGACGUGGAUGAAAAGAACCAAAUACUUACGACCAACGCGUGGUUGAAACUGGAGUGGACGGACUAUAAUCUCCAGUGGAACGAGUCUGAAUACGGCGGAGUGAAGGACCUUCGAAUUACGCCGAACAAGCUUUGGAAACCGGAUAUCCUCAUGUACAACAGUGCGGAUGAGGGUUUCGACGGGACGUACCAAACAAACGUGGUGGUCACGCAUAACGGCAGUUGCCUGUACGUCCCUCCGGGCAUCUUCAAGAGCACAUGCAAGAUAGACAUCACUUGGUUCCCCUUUGACGACCAACACUGUGACAUGAAGUUCGGAUCCUGGACCUACGACGGCAACCAGCUCGAUCUGGUACUCAACUCACAGGAGGGUGGUGACUUAUCCGAUUUCAUCAUGAACGGGGAAUGGUACCUCAUCGGUAUGCCGGGAAAGAAGAACACGUUAAUAUAUCAAUGCUGCCCGGAGCCGUACGUUGACGUCACGUUCACGAUACAGAUACGCAGGAGAACCCUCUACUACUUUUUCAACCUGAUCGUGCCCUGCGUGCUGAUAUCGAGCAUGGCCCUACUGGGCUUCACCCUGCCGCCCGAUUCCGGCGAGAAGCUCACCCUAGGAGUGACCAUCUUGCUAUCGCUGACGGUGUUCCUGAACCUCGUCGCCGAAACUUUGCCCCAGGUCUCCGACGCAAUACCCUUGUUAGGAUCAUACUUCAAUUGCAUCAUGUUCAUGGUGGCGAGCAGCGUCGUGCUGACCGUUCUGGUGCUCAACUAUCAUCACAGAUCGCCCGACAGAUACGUGAUGCCAAAUUGGACGAAAAUAGUGUUUCUACAAUGGCUGCCGUGUGUGUUGCGCAUGAGUCGGCCGGGCAAGAAGAUCACGAAGAAGACCAUUCUCAUGACUAAUCGGAUGAAGGAGCUGGAGCUGCAGGAGAGGAGCAGUAAGAGUUUACUGGCGAACGUUUUAGAUAUCGACGAUGAUUUUCGCCAUGGGAACAGCGCCGCCAAUCCUGCCUCGGGCUAUAUAAGCAGGUCGGCGUACGGUACACCGUUGUCGACCAGGCCGGCGACGGUUGAAGAGACUUCGGCAUCGUUGCCUCUCAGCGGCAUGCAGAGGGAACUUCACACAAUUCUCAAGGAAUUGCAGUUCAUCACAAGCCGCAUGAAAAAGUCGGACGAGGAUGACGAGAUCAUUAGCGACUGGAAGUUCGCCGCUAUGGUGGUCGACAGGCUUUGUCUGUUCGUCUUCACGUUAUUUACGGUUUUGGCUACGGUGGUGAUACUGUGUCGCGCGCCACACAUAAUCGUCCAGUAAUAGACUGCCCCGGUCGAACCGAAAAAAUACACAAAACAUGCCAGGGAUAGCGCCUCCUGGAAUAUUCGGAACGACGUCCGGCAUGAUUCGAGGAGGCGGCUACGCUAGGAGCACGUCGAAGUGAAAACGGGAAAAGUGCAGAGAAAAAGAAAGAAACGGACACGUUAGCCCCUUUCACGCCCUUCUGCGCGACUCACCUCUCUCGAGGGAACAAGGGAACGCGAUCUCGCGUUCUUGAAUUUCUCACAGCUGGGAAUCACCGCCGGUUUGUGCGCCCGGUUCCUUUUCGCGACGUGCUUUCGCUUAGACGCGAAAGGAGGCAAGCAAGAGUGAGACCAUUGACGACGUUCGCAGAAAAAGCCUGCACGGGGAGGAUGGACUUCCGGCGAGCGGCAGCUCGACGGCGAACGCCGUUGCAAUUUUUUUUUUUAGCGGAGAACAACACGCUUGGGAAACGUUUCCGGAUUCAAGAGGAGAGAACACGAAAGGAAUGGGAACAAGGAUCCGAUCGCCGACGUCACGCUCCGUUACCGACUGCGUUAUUUCGUUUAAGUGACUUAAUUAACAUUUCUAGUGCGGAACCAGUAAGAUAGUCGCGCGACGCGAACUGGAUGGAGAUUUAGAGGGAUGCCUCUAGAUCGUAGACGAAGGUAGGUGCAGGCGUAAUAAGGGAAAGAGAUAGCACGUGCUGUCGAGCGGAUCCAAUUAACGUUUCGCGAGCUCCUAUCGAUCGCGAUAUCGACCGGCGAUCGCCGUAACUUCCGUUUGGCGAUCGGCGAUCGAUUUCAUUUCGACGACCAAUGCGAUUUCGCGAGGAAGGAACGCGCGACAAGUCGACGGCGUCACGAGACAAAGGAGAUCGCGCAGUCCUCGGAAAAGCGUUGUUGCGGCCUUUCGAUAAUAGAAACAA